AUGAAUCCGGAUGAAGAUCCCAAUACCAGCAUUAGUGUGCAGGCGGAUGCUUUUAACGAUUCCGUCACCGAUCGGAUCGGUGUGCUGGAGACGGACCACCCGCUGCUGGAACGGUUCCAGGCGGCACUGAAGGCACACCUUCUACGGGUAAAGGGCCAGCUCGAGGAGGAGGUGGCCGAACUGAACCAUCGGUUGGAGGUGAACGAAAAGGAAUCGGAAGAGGUCGGCGCCCAGCUGUACGAUCUGCAGGAGGAAAUCGACAACCAGAAGGAGCUGCUCGAAAUCUAUGGCAAGGAAAUUCUGGAACUGGCCGCCCAGCGGCAGCAGGAGGAAAGUCAGGCCACCCGGUACCGGCAGGAGUACGAGGAACAGCGGGCGUCUCUGAAGGAGUUCCGGAAGAUCCACAAAGAGCACUUGAUGGAGCUGGAAAACCUGACCGUGCUGGAGUGUGAGUUUGCCAAGUGGGCCCAGGAGAUCAAGGACGAAAUUGCGGUGGCCAAGCGGGUCGCCAGUAAGGACGCGAAGGAUCGGCACGUGGCGGCCGAAGAGAAGCGGCAGGUCGAUCUGCUCGUGUUAAAUCUGGGCGCGGAGGUGAAGCGCAAGGAGCACGAACUGAAGGCGAUCGAGGAUCAGAUUCAAGAGCAGGACGGUGAUCGCGAGACGAUCGGACGCAGCCUGGCGGACGCCAACUCCGAUCUGGAGGGGCUGCAGCACGAGCACAAGCGCCUGUUUCAGGCGUGGGGUGAGGUGAUCGUGGCCAUCCAGCAGCGCGAUCGCGUGCUGGCCAAGACAAAGGAUGAGCUGGAGGCGGUGUACGAGGAGCACAAAGUGAUCAGAAGCAAAACGGAGAUCACGAAGAAGUCGGCCGCGCGGGAAAUGGAGCGGAACGAGAAGCUGGCGGGCUUCAAGAACCGCAUCCAGGGGGACAUCUACUCGCUGGAGAGGCAGGUGCACAAGGAGCAGGAGGACGAGGAUAAGCUGCGACGCGAUCUGGACCACUACGCGUCGAUUCUGGAGCAAACCGAGGCGGACAUUCUGAAGGCCCAACAGGAGGGGCUGCUUAUCGAGAACCAUCUGAAGUCACUGCGCCAAACGCUGGAGAAGCAGAACCGCAAAAAGUUCGAGCUCGAGGAGCAGAUCCUGGAGCUGCUGCAAGAUCAGCUGACCACCGAUAAGGCGGGCGAGUCGCAGGGCAAGCUGCUGCUUGAGACGCGCCAGAAGCGGCUCGGCCUAGAGAUAAGCAUGUCGGGCACGGAGAACCAGCUUUCGGUGGUGCUGCUGGACCUGGAAAAAUGGCGCACGAUCGUCGAGGGCUCCAAAGAUGCGCUCCAGCGGGCUAAGCACGAGCACGACAAAAAGAACGCGAAGGCCAACAAGUACAACGAGGACAUAAAGCUGUUGAAGGAAUCGAUCGCGGUGAAGCUGCGCGAAAUGGACUCACUGAACCGCGAACUGGAGCAGCUGAUCAGCAAAGCGGGCGGGCAGGAGAUGAAUCCGGACGAGCUGAAACUGCUGGACGUACGUCAGGACAUCGUGGAGAUCGAAGCGAAGCUAAAGGACACGCAACACUCGUGGCUGAAGCUCCAGUCGAGCGUCGCGACACUGUCCGAAAAACGGUCCCAACAGUUGAACGAGAUAAACUACUCCCGAAAAAAACUGCUGCUCGCGGAACAGAAGGCGAUCAAGAUCGAGGCCCAGCUCGAGGAGGUGAUGAGCGAGAACCGCGAAAUAGUGCGUUCGCUAUCGACCCUCAACACCCGGCUCGAUGCCGCCAGUCUGGAGCUGUUCCGGACCCGCCGGGUGCACGAGAAGGAAGAGCAAGAGUGCGAAGUGGCCCACCACCAGGCGACGGAGCGCUUGCGGGAAGCCGAAAUGGCCGUGCUGACCUUGGAGCAGGAGCUCCGGGAGCUGGGCAAAGAGAUCGAAGACUGCAAGCAGGAGGUGCUGGAGAAGCACCGCGAGGCACUGUCGUGGGAAACGAAGUGCAAAAUGUCUGCGGAAGCGAAAAAGUUCAAGGACGAGGAGACGACCCAGAACAGCGAGAUCGGCAUCAUGAAGGCCGAGAUCCAUCGCAUGCAGGUGCGCUACGGGCAGCUGAAGCGGGCCCAGGAGCGGCUGGUCCACGAGCUGGACAACACGGUCCAGCACCGGGAGAACAUCUACGAGUCGGUGACGGCGCGCGAGAAAGUGUUUGGCGGAAAGUUCAAGACGCGCUCCACGAUGCAACACAAGAUCAACGAAUUGAAGAACAAACUGAAGGUCGUCUUUACGGAAAUAUCUCAAGCCGAAAAAAGUUUGAUUGAGAUCGACACCGCCCAGAAGUUGCUGCAGGCGGAGAUCGAAAACAAGAAGCAUCAGAUCGAGGACGAGAAGCUACAGACCAAUCUGAUCCGGGCCGAAACCGAGCAGGCAUCGCUGCUGAAGCAGGACAACCUGGACUACAUCGUGCGCCACCAGUACCGGGCGCGGCGCUUCCGUGGCCUGGCCAACGCCCAGCAGUUGCCCAAGUUUCGCAACGAAAUCCUCAUCCAGGCCGAUCUGCAGCGGCAGCGCGAGGUCAACGAGAACAUUGUGGCGGUCGUCGAAACGCUCGCCCAGGACUUUCCCUCGCAGACGUACAAUUUGAGCAAAAUUUUGCAAACCCUCAAGUAG